AUGUCACGGCGCAGCAGCCGCCUGCAAGCGAAGCAGCAGCCGCAGCCCUGCCCGGAGGAGGCUCCCCAAGAGCUGCAGCCCCCCAAGCAGCCCCUGAGCCGCAAGCGCCGCACGGCCGAGGAGAUAAGGAAAAGAGAGGAUGGGAAAACUGCCAAGAAACAUCAAUACGAGAUUAAGAGUUGUUGGCCACCCACGAUAACAGGAGGCAUCUCACCCUGCAUAAUUAUUGAAACACCUCAUAAGGAAUCGGGGACCACCGACUUCUCCAGGUUCAAAAAAUACAGGUUCAGGAACCUCUUCAUAAAUCCGUCACCUCUGCCUGAGCUCAACUGGGGGAGUUCCAAAGAUGUGUGGCUCAACAUCCUCAAGAAGGAGACCAGAUACGCUCACUGCAAGCACUUCACGUCGCUGCACUCCAGCCUGCAGCCCCACAUGAGGUCCAUCCUGCUCGACUGGCUCCUGGAGGUGUGCGAGGUGUACGCGCUGCACAGGGAGACCUUCUACCUCGCUCAGGACUUCUUCGACAGGUUCAUGUUGACGCAGAAGAACAUUAACAAGAGCAUGCUGCAGCUCAUAGGCAUCACCUCGCUGUUCAUCGCCUCCAAGCUCGAGGAAAUCUACGCUCCCAAAAUUCAAGAAUUUGCCUAUGUCACUGAUGGUGCUUGCAGUGAAGAUGAUAUAAUAAGAAUGGAACUUAUCAUGUUAAAGGCUUUAAAGUGGGAACUCUGUCCAGUGACGAUCAUCUCUUGGCUGAACCUUUACCUUCAAGUGGAUGCUCUGAAGGAUGUUCCCAAAGUGCUGCUACCUCAGUAUUCUCAGGAAAAAUUCAUCCAGAUAGCGCAGCUCCUGGACCUGUGCAUUCUGGAUGUGAAUUCCCUGGAUUUCCAGUACAGGACACUAGCUGCCGCCGCGCUCUGCCACUAUACCUCAAUCGAAGUAGUCCAGAAGGCCUCAGGCCUGGACUGGGACAACAUCUCUGAGUGUGUGGAAUGGAUGGUGCCUUUCGCAAAUGUGACCAGAAAAGUCCCCGUGAAACUGAAGAAUUUUAAGAAGGUGGCAGCAGAAGAUCGACACAACAUUCAAACCCACACGAGUUACUUGGACAUGCUGGAAGAAGUCAACAGCGGAGCAGCUUCUGCCGCCCCGGGGCAGCUCUCUCCAGUGUCUACAGCGGGAAUAAUAACGCCUCCCAAAAGCACAGAGAAGAAAUGAACCCUGAGCAAGGACUGGGCAGGAUUUGGUGCUUCAAAACAGGACUGGGCUCAAGGUGACUCCAAGACUCCGUGCUGCUGCGAGCCCAGGGCAGCAGGCACCCCGUACUGAGCAAUGGCUGGAAGUUAAGACCUCCUCCUGCACGUGUGACAAAAGAUUUUAUUUUUUUUAGGCCAAGUGUCUUUUUCUAUGUUAAUGCAAGAGGGUGGACUAGCCUGGUCCAUUCUCAAACAGGACUAGUUAACUCUGAACAUUCCUAAUUUAAAUUAUGAAUUAUGGAUUUCAAGAACUUGUUUUGYAAUGGCCGAGUGGCUGAGCUCGUCCACUCAACCCACCUGGCAAACUUGCUUUAAUUUGGGAUAGCCAUACAGGAGAACUUGAUGACAGUUUGUACAUAUUACUUAUUUCUUGACUCUUUUUUUUCUUUUCUUGGUAUAGACAUUAAGCUCUGCCUAUAACUUAAUUGCCCUGUGAGCCUCAGGGGGAGGAUUACAGAGGUCAGUGGUUAAGCAGCUUCCUCUAAAACCACUCUGCCACUGCAUUAAGGUAGAGCCAGCCCCGGGUCACCUUCUAGCUCUAUCUGAGGCUGAUGAAUUUAAGAUAACGUGUGAGUUUACAGCAGCCCUAAAGCUAAGAAUUCAUUU